UUUGGCCAUCCAGCAAUUGAAACGAUUCCCAAAAGAGAGUCUCUAUCUCUCAAUCGUAACACCAAUACCAACACCCGCUAGGCCACAGUCAGACUACAAUGGCCCACCUCCAAAAGGAUCGCUCGCUCAUUGCGGUGCUCGGAGAUGAGGACUCUGUGACAGGUCUCCUCCUUGCGGGGAUUGGUCAUAUCGAUUCUAAGCAAAAAUCAAACUUUCUUGUAGUCGACUCGAAAACACCACUGGCCAAGAUUGAAGAAUCGUUCGAAGAAUUUACAAACCGCAAAGAUGUUGCUAUCAUUCUGAUCACACAGCAGGUUGCCGAUGAGAUUCGUCAUAUAUUGGAUGAUUAUGAUCAAGCUUUUCCAACAAUUUUGGAAAUCCCGUCCAAAGACAGGCCGUAUGAUCCGUCAAAAGACUCGGUAUUGAAGCGUGUGCAACGAUUGUUUGGUGAAGGAGCUUAAUGUGGGCAUGACAUAUAUGGUAGAUGUAGAACGCUUUGUAACAUGUGCUUUCUUUCCAAGCUGGAUCUCGAUGCAGAGCGACACUGCUUUAUUUACUACGAGAGAAAGAGGAUCUACCUGUACAAUAAAAACCGGAACAUAAUCAUCAUCACCUUGCUCUCUCCGU